CUGCCACCCAGGUCCAUGGCGUACACCAUGACUCCCUCUCCGGAGGGGCCCGUCGGCUCCCAGUACUGUGUCUGCAAAGUCGAGCUGUCCAUCUGUGGCCAAAACCUUCUGGACAGGGAUGUCACUUCCAAAUCUGACCCUUUCUGUGUCCUCUUCAUGGAAGUCAACGGGAAGUGGGUGGAGCUGGACAGGACAGAGACAGCUGUGAACAACCUCAACCCAGCUUUUGCCAAGAAGUUCAUCAUUGACUACCACUUUGAAGAAGUGCAGAAGCUGAAGUUUGCCCUGUUUGACCAGGACAAGUCGAGCACACAGCUGUAUGAGCAUGACUUCCUGGGCGAGUUCUCCUGCACACUGGGCACGAUUGUCUCCAGCAAGAAAAUAACACGGACUCUCCUUCUGGGGAACGGCAAGCCAGCUGGGAAGGGGAUGAUAACGAUAGCUGCCCAGGAGCUCUCAGAUAACAGGGUCAUUACUCUGAGCAUGGCUGGCAGAAAACUGGAUAAAAAGGACCUUUUUGGGAAAUCAGACCCCUUCCUGGAGUUUUAUAAACCAGGUGAUGAUGGGAAGUGGAUGCUGGUUCACAGAACAGAGGUGAUCAAAUACACACUGGAUCCUGUCUGGAAGCCGUUCACUGUGCCUUUGGUGUCACUGUGUGAUGGAGAUAUGGAGAAGCUGAUAAAGGUGGUGUGUUAUGACUACGACAGUGAUGGGGGACAUGACUUCAUCGGGGAGUUUCAGACCUCAGUGGCCAGGUUGUGUGAAGCCCAAGAUGCCUCUCCACUCGAGCUAGAGUGCAUUAACCCCAAAAAGCAAAAGAAGAAAAAGAAUUACAAGAACUCUGGGAUCAUCAUUGUCAAGUCCUGCAAAAUAACCAGAGAUUUCUCCUUCCUGGACUACAUCCUUGGAGGCUGCCAACUGAUGUUUACUGUUGGGAUUGACUUCACAGCUUCCAAUGGGAACCCCCAAGAACCCUCCUCUUUGCACUACAUCAACCCCUUGGGGACAAAUGAGUACUUGUCAGCCAUCUGGGCUGUCGGCCAGAUCAUCCAGGACUAUGACUCGGACAAGAUGUUUCCUGCUCUGGGAUUCGGCGCCCAGCUCCCGCCAGACUGGAAGGUAUCCCAUGAGUUUGCCAUUAAUUUCAAUCCCAGGAAUCCAUUCUGUUCAGGUGUGGAGGGCAUUGUCCAAGCAUACUCUGCGUGCCUGCCCCACAUCCGCUUCUACGGACCCACCAACUUCUCCCCCAUCAUCAACCACGUGGCCCGUUUUGCAGCUCAAGCCACCCAACAGGAAACUGCAUCGCAAUACUUCAUCCUCCUCAUCAUCACGGACGGGGUGAUCAGCGACAUGGACGAGACGAGACACGCAGUGGUGCAGGCGUCCAAGCUGCCCAUGUCCAUCAUCAUCGUGGGCGUGGGCAACGCUGACUUUGCAGCCAUGGAGUUCCUGGACGGGGACAGCCGGGUGCUGCACUCCUACACUGGCGAGGAGGCCGUGCGCGACAUCGUCCAGUUCGUGCCCUUCCGGAACUUCCGCAACGUCCCCAAGGAGACCCUGGCCAAAGCUGUGUUGGCAGAGCUGCCCCAGCAAGUUGUGCAGUACUUCAAGCACCAAAACUUGCCACCCAUCAACUCAGAGCCUGCGUAG